AACGAGCUUAGUUUGAAGGAUAACGUUGUGCGCUAAGCUUAUGUUCGGACAUUUGCUCUUCGAGGCACUUAUGUUUGUAGAAAUUUUUCAUACAUUACUUUACUUAUUAUAAGUUUAAUGUUUUGUCUGUAUAUACGGUGAUUUUUAUAAUUGCUGAUGUCUUAGUAGUCUAGCUAUCACUAGUCAAAGCUUUCUAGUACGCCUUCGAGCGGAUGGGCAGCCUAUUUCCCGCAUAUUGAGUACCAGAAGUCGACUCUGCGUGCUUCGGUUGGUAUAGUUUAUUAAUUUUUGAUAACGUAGGUAAGAAUAAUUUGUGAAUGACCUUUGAGUGGUGCUAAAGUAAUCCCAAUCUCCCUAUUUUUGUGAAAAUUUGACCCGUUUUGGGAGAAUUUCGGCGAAGCCGCCUUAGUAAAUUUUGGGGGUUUUAAUGUCAUUUUUUCAAAAAUUUCCUAUAGCGGCUCUCCAAAUGUUUCCCCUAAAUUUUCCCAGAGUCUUAUUACACUUUGGGGGAAUCCGUCUAUACUUAUUUAUGAAACCGCAAACAUUUUCCGCAAUUUCGGUGAAAUAAUCCAAAAUGUCUCGUUUUAAUGCCAUAAUUCUCCACAUUUUUCGACAGAUAUCACGAAAAAGCCUUGCGAUAAUAAUCACCUAAAAGUUUCUACUCAAUUGUUCCAUUUUUUCCCUGUCAAUUACGGACAGUAAACACAGUGCCAAAAAAACUUAACUACAGUUCGUAACGAGGAUCGAUCUAUCGCUGUAAUUAAAAAGACUGAUGUUAUGAUUCAUCAAAGGAAGUCAUCACUUGCAGAAACUCAAAGCUAUCAACUACAAGGCCUGACAAUGUAGCAAUUGCCAACGGUCAACUAGGUUUCACCACACAAAUUACUGAUGGAGGUCGGACUAGGUUAGUCUCAAACCAAAACGCUAAUUAGAAGUAAACAAAAAAUAUUCCAAAAACAAAUAGCAAUAGUCGGUAUAUUGAGAACUUUGGCGUGUGCAUAAAAUUUACACAGAAAUAUUCUAGCGGACUAGAUAUAGGUCUCCGACCUGUCCCGAAUAUGCAUUAAUCAAAGCUCUUGCUAACAGGGAUCCAACACAAUUGUUCGUUUUCUUGCUCAAAGUCAGUAGGUGGGCAUCAUAAGCCCAUAUUUUCUUGUAAGGAAGCCAGUAUCUACGGAGAUAUUCCCAGUCACGCCUACUUAGUCCAUUUACGACUCACGAAUUUUGCUCGUUUCUGCGAAAUAAAUAUGUUAUGGACAUUAUUGUCCAAUGGCUUCGACCUUUAUUAGCUAGCCAUGAUGAACGCUUGCCACUUAAUUUCACAUUUAAAAACAAUCUCAUCAAAUCGAUUGUUCGUUUGCCUCUGCAAAAAACGUCGAUAGAUGUGGAAAUUGGAAAUCUUAGCCAGUCUAUGGGUCGUAAGGGAUGCCGCUAUUUCAGAUUGUGCGCAAACCACUACAAACGUCUGUCACCCAAGUGUUUCCUAUUAUUUCCGUAAACCUAUCCAGUAUCUAAGUUACAUUUGGUCUUAAUUCUUUUCGCUUCCAUGUGAACGUAAACGAUAAAUAUCAGUGAUUACAAACAAAAAGAAAGUAUCUCUCUAUCUGGUAAAACUGAACAUGAAACCUCCUCACUUCUUGCUGUUAGUAUUGUAAGUUGAAUCUAUACUAAAGACUCCCAGAUACUUUCAAUGUAAUGCAAUUUGUUGGUUACUUUCAAAACAAACUUUUAUUCAAUUUCUAUCUUCAGAAAAUCAUUCUUUCAAAUCCCCGUUUACUUCUAACUUAGUAAACACUUGCUGUAUGCCUCAAUCUAAAAAUAGAAUAGUGCACACCUAUAGCUACUGUCGCCUACAUAAACGGGUAUUUCCCUGUUAGCUUAUACUUUCAUAUGAUCAAUGGUCUCAUUCGAAGAUGACAAUCCUAGAAGUAUUGGACUCAUUUUUUUAUUUAUUUCCAGGUAACAAUCUCUGUCCAUAAAUUACCAUACAGAAAUUACUGCGCAGAUAAUUUUGAAAUAUCAUCAAAGACUUUGCGUACUUUUGUAACUACAAUGAAAUGCGUGACACUAAUGCACAUCUAGGAACUUUGACUCAUAAGUCAGACUCCCGGUGAUCUUCUAAUAAUCUCUAUUCUCUGUGGUUUUCUUUUUGGACAAACUUUUCAUUUAACCGCAAGUAAAUUAAUUUAAGCGUUAUUUUCAGCUAACUUUCCAAUUUUUUUCGAUUUCAGUUGUGCUCAUGAAACAAGUGGUACUAACGACUGUCUUAGGUCUUCCGGGAAGUGGAAAAAGUACAUUGUGUGAACGUCUGCAUCAGUUAGAAACAAAUGAUUGUUCAGUUAUGUGGCUAGAAUAUGAUCAACUUGUUCCAGUACAAAUACUCUCUCUGAAAGCAAACAAUUCUGAUUGGAAGGACUGGCGUCAAGCUGUUGUUGGUUGUUUGGAGAAACUGUUAGCUUUAUGGAAGGGGUUCGACAUUAUACACGAUUUGAAUGAAAAAGAAAAAGUUAUUUGGUUGAGGAUAAACAUAUACUCUACUCUAGAUGCGAAGGACAUCAUAGUUUUACUAGACGACAAUUUCUACUACUUUAGUAUGCGUCGUUCAUUCUACAAUUUAGCAAAAAAGUGUAAUCUUGUGUUUUCUUAUUAUACCAGAUUCAUGUAGUUAUGCGUCAAUAGUUUGUAAAUGUGCGAUAGAUACUUGCAUUCUUAGAAAUCGCGCUAGGCCAAGUCCAGUUCCAGAUGAUACUAUCCAUAAGAUGGAGAGAAAAUUCGAAUGGCCCGAUCCAGUCAACAAUUUAUGGGAGAAGCAUACAAUCACAAUCAGUUCACUUCAAGAGAAUGUGUAUGUCUGUCUUUUUAUCCCAUCGCUUCUAUUGUUAAUAGACAUAAUCCAGUCAGUUUGCUUCGUUUCUUAAAACUGUUGUUGAAUCAACCGAUUAUAAGUGAAGAUUCUGUAAAAGAUGAGGAAAAAAACAGAAGCAAGCGUAUUAAUCUAGACAGUUUACUCCAUAAUGUGGAUAUUCACUUGAGAAAGGUCACAAAUCACACAAUUAAAUCUAAAGAUUGUUUGUGGAGAACUCAGUAUGCAAAAAUGGCAUCGGAUAUUAAAGCACAGUGUUUACAAGAACUGCACAAGACCAUAUUCGGAGGAAAUAGUAUUUGGACAGUUGAAAACUGUCAAAAGUUUGCAGAAGAACUGUUCUAUGAGAAACUUGAUGAGGUUCUUAAUAAGAAAGUAACGACUGGUUAAAAACAAAUUGCCUGAAAUAUAGUUGUAGAAAAAUAAUUGUAUAAGUACUCGAGUAUACUUUGAGAUGCCCAGCAUUGUAAUUCAUGUUAUCACACUUAUUUUCUUAUAGAUACUUCUUCUAUAGGUUUAAUUUGCCAUAAUGUAAAUGUAUUUCAUUGACAAUGUAAAAGUGACUACGGUUUUCCUAAUGUUUACCUCUUCACUUUAUUCUGUAAAUGAAAUAUUAAGUUACUAGCUAAUCGAUUUAUUGAAAAGUUCCAUAUUUGUUUUUAUUUCUCAUUCACUAUGCAUACUGAGGUAAAAUACUAAUCAGCUAAUAAAUGAAUAGUAAAGUUGUUGAUAAUGGCCACAAUGUAUACGUUAUUUAUUGCGUUGGAUCAGUUUCAAAUUCGGAGUUCAGUGAUUAAAGUCAGUUUCACAAAGCAGUAAACCGUAGUUCUUUAACUGACUUCAUAAGUCGUCCAAAGAUCGUUGGUAUCUAUCCUGGUUAAUCAGUAAAGGUCGUGUAUAUUUCCAACUCUUCGUGGAUUGAUCUUGUACCUUAAAAUGUUUAUGGGUUGGAAUCAAAUGUCUAACUUACUGAACCAUUUAUUUUGAUAAACUGCGACAUUUUAAAUAGUACGACAUUAGUAGAUUGGUUUUCUAGAUUAAGUGACGAACAAAUUAGUUGUAAAGCGACUUAGUUUAUUUGACUUUGAAUUACUGAGCAAUGUAAAAUAAGUCAAUAUAAUAGUUUGUCGAGAUGUAAUCUGGUUCGAACUUAGUUAAUCUACUCUUUAUAUUUGAUCUUAAUCUUGAUUGGUAUUUCCUUUUCACCCAUAACAUUUG